AUUCCUCUUUUUUCUGUUAGAACUUCAAUGAUGGAAGGUUCCGGUUCUCUCGAACAGCAAUUGGAGGCACUUCGUAGAAAGGCUACAGAAGUUCGGGCCAGAAGAGGUGAUUUGAAGCGAAUUGAAGAAUUGGGUGCUACCUUGGAGGAACAUCUCAUUUUGGACAACAGAUAUACAGAGCAUUCAACAGUGGGUUUGGCUCAGCAAUGGGAUCAACUCGAUCAGCUCAGCAUGAGAAUGCAACACAAUUUGGAACAACAGAUACAAGCCAGAAACCAAUCAGGUGUCAGUGAAGAUGCUCUGAAAGAAUUCUCAAUGAUGUUCAAGCACUUCGACAAAGACAAGAGUGGACGUUUGAACUUACAAGAGUUCAAAUCUUGUCUACGAGCUUUGGGUUAUGAUCUGCCUAUGGUGGAGGAAGGAGAACCGGAUCCUGAGUUUAAUGCAAUAUUAGAUGUUGUGGAUCCAAAUCGUGAUGGAUAUGUGUCCUUACAAGAAUACAUGGCAUUCAUGAUAUCUAAGGAAACAGAAAACGUCCAGAGCUCUGAAGAAAUUGAAAAUGCUUUCAGGGCCAUCACGGCUGGUGAUAGACCCUAUGUCACCAGCGAUGAAUUAUAUGCUAACCUUACAAAGGAAAUGGCAGACUACUGUGUGGCUCGUAUGAAACCUUACAAGGAUCCAAGAACCGAGCAACCCAUCAAGGGGGCCCUAGAUUACAUCGACUUUACAAGAACUCUGUUCCAGAAUUAAUUCAAGAUAUAAAGCGAAGUAAUUUAUAUAUCUCUAUAGAAAGUAUUACAUACAUAAAUUAUU